GAUACACGAGCUGUGCUGAAUGUUUGUGCGUUACUUGAAGAUGCGCUCCGUUCUCUCCUGUCACGCGUCUCCUAACCAGAACAUUUAAGGAUUAUUCUGCUUUCAUUAUUUGGACACACUUGUUUUUUUGGGGGGAACACUUCUUCAUUCCACAAAUGUGUUUCCAGAUUACGCAGAGAGAAGUGGGACAUGAUCACAUUGCCUACGGAGUCUGCUGUAUUUAGUGUGGUUAAUCUAGUUUGGGAGAAGAACCGAACCCAUAAACCAGACCUGAACCAGCUGCCUCCCGCAGACCCGAAGCGCCAGGCGAACCGGUUACCCGUUAAAGUGUUGAAAAUGCUCACUGCGCGCACCGGACACAUUCUGCACCCGGACUAUCUCCAACCAUUACCAUCUACUCCCGUCAGCCCCAUUGAGCUGGAUGCCAAGAAGAGUCCGCUGGCCCUGCUCGCGCAAACCUGUUCUCAGAUUGGAAAGUCUGAUUCCUCUGCCAAACUCUCCACGAUCACCUCGGACAAGGACUCCAAAUCCAGCCCACUAAAGAUCAGUGACAUCGGGGUCGAGGACAAGUCUAGUUUCAAGCCAUAUUCCAAAUCUUCAGAGAGAAAAGAGUCGAGUGGAGAUAAGUCAGGAUUCCGCGUACCGAGUGCCACCUGCCGGCCCAACACGCCACGGACAGUCAGUCCAAGUUCCUGCAGUUCUGCGUCCCCGCAGCCCGGGCGCCUGGAAUCCGGAGAUAAAAUGGCCAAACGGGAAAACGAUAGAAAUAAAAGCUCAACACCAGAUAAUUCUGGGACCACGAACCCCAGCAAAACCAGUUCUGAGAGUAACAUCGAGGCAAGCAAACCGCAUGACACUUUAAAAGCCUCCCCAUCUGACACGGUCCCCGCGUCCUCAGCAUCAUCUGCUCUCGGAUCAGGGCUUGUGGCACCGGUUUCGCCCUACAGACCCGGUCACCCCGUAUUCCCCAUCUCCCCUGCCGGACUACACUACCCUGGAGCCCUAACGGGGCAUUAUGCCAGCUACCCUCAGCCCUUUUUGCCUCAUGGGGUGACUCUAGACCCGAGUAAGGCCAGCAGCAGUCAGUUGAUUAAUGCUCAGCUGUCCGGAGCCGCUGGCUCUCUCAGCAGUAAGGCGGGGUCCAGUCCCCUCGCCGGAGCCUCUCCGCCAUCCAUCAUGUCCAGUAGCCUGUGUAGAGACCCGUUCUGCCUGAGCUACCACUGCGCCAGCCAUUUAUCAUCUAAUAGCACGCACGACACCGCUGCAGCCACGGCCCUAAAGUCUGGAUAUCCCCUCAUGUACUCAACCCACCCCAUGCACCCUCUGUCGGCCUCUACGCCUUCAUUUACCGGACACCCUUUGUACCCAUACGGCUUCAUGCUGCCAAACGAAUCGCAGUCGCAUGUUUGUAACUGGGUAUCCGCUAAUGGGCCCUGCGACAAGCGCUUCUCGUCGUCAGAAGAACUUUUGGCGCAUUUGCGGACGCACACCGCGUUUACGGGCGCGGAUAAACUCAUGUCAGGAUAUCCGAUAUCCCAUAUGCCCGUACAUCCAACCGGACCCCCUCUCACCCUCAGGACCCCGCAUCACGCGCUCGGACUCGGCGCGCGCUAUCACCCGUAUUCCAAAAGCCCCCUGCCGACGCCCGGUGCGCCGGUGCACGCAGCUGCGGGUCAGUUUUACUCUCCAUAUGCGCUGUACGGACAGAGACUGACCACAGCCCCAGGACUCGGAUAUCAGUGAGAAAUAAGUGUAUCAAAUGGUUUGUGUGUGUGUGUGUGUGUGUGUGUGUGUGUGUGUGUGUGUGUGCGCGCGUGUGUUGACCUCAGGGUUUAUUAAUGGGCCAUUAUUUAUUAAAGUUAGCUUUAAAGCAACAGAAAUAAACAAACAUAUUUCAACACGACUCACAUGGCUUUAUUUAAACUCUUAUAGUGCACAACAGAAGAAAUGAUCAUUGUGGUUAUUAUUAUUUUUUAUAAGAAACGUGACACAGCCCUUAUCUAAAGAAGCACUGCGCCUUAUAACCAAAUUUUGUUUUCUAAAUUUGAAGUUGUGUUUUACAAUUUUAUACUGUCCAACUCAGGGAAAACAAGUGUCCAUUGAAAAAUAAAAACGCAGUCUAGUCUUGUAUGAUGGUUUAUAAAGAAUAUUAAAAUUGUCUUCAUUUAUCAUUUCAGUCACAACAUCUGUUACCCUUGCAAUAAACAACAUUUAACAAAAUGUUUAAUGAAGAAACAAUAUGGAUACAAUAAGUAACAUUAAUUCAAAGCAAAGUUUUAGAGAUUUAAAUUUAAAAACACUAAAUCUCUACAUGUAAACUAGAAUGUUUUGUUUUCUAUAAAUUUAAUGAUUCAAGAAUUUGAAAAGGUUUAAAAAUAGGUCUAAAAAUCGCCAAUUCCUUCUUUUAACUAUAAGGGAAUAUGCUUUCUCAAUAUGCUGUCAAAUUCGAGUGCAUUCAUUAAACAUGACAAAUGUGUAGGCCUGAUGGUUUGAAUCUGUCACAAAUGAUGGUUUACAUGAUUGAUGGAUCUUACAUGUAAACCUAUAACAUUACAAUAGUAAUCAUUAAUGGAUAUUUAUAUAAUGCAGAACAAAUUGUUUAUGUACUAAAACAGAACCUAUAAGUGUCAUGACAUUUCUAACAAAUAUUCAUGAACAAUAUUCUGUUGUUUUUAAUAAAAAAAUUACAUGUUA